AUGUCCAACAGCAGCUCCAUCACCCAGUUCCUCCUCCUGGCAUUCGCAGACACACGGGAGCUGCAGCUCUUGCACUUCUGGCUCUCCUUGGGCAUCUACCUGGCUGCCCUCAUGGCCAACGGCCUUGUCAGCAUUGCUGUAGUGUGCGACCAUCGCCUCCACACCCCCAUGUACUUCUUCCUCCUCAACCUGUCCCUCCUCGACUUGUGUACCAUCUCCACCACUCUCCCCAAAGCCAUGGCCAACUCCCUCUGGGACACCAGGGACAUCUCCUACUCAGGAUGUGCUGCACAGAUCUUUUUCUUUUCCUUCUUCAUUGUAACAGAGUAUUUUCUCCUUGCUGUCAUGGCCUAUGACCGCUACAUGGCCAUCUGCCAGCCCCUGCACUACGGGACCCUGCUGGGCAGCAGAGCUUGUGUCCACAUGGCAGCAGCUGCCUGGGGCACUGGGUUUCUCAACAGUGUCCUGCACACAGCCAAUGCACUUUCACUACCACUCUGCCAAGGCAAUGCCCUGGGACAGUUCUUCUGCGAAAUCCCCCAGAUCCUCAAGCUCUCCUGCUCACACGCCUACCUCAGGGAACUUGGGCUGCUUCUUUUUAGUGCUUGUCUAUGCUUUGGUGGUUUUGUUUUCAUUGUUCUGUCUUAUGUGCCGAUCUUCAGGGCUGUGCUGACGAUCCCCUCUGAGCAGGGACGGCACAAAGCCUUUUCCACGUGUCUCCCUCACCUGGCCGUGGUCUCCCUCUUUGUCAGCACCUCAUUUUUUGCCUACCUGAAGCCCCCCUCCAUCUCCUCCCCGUCUCUGGAUCUGGUGGUGACAGUUCUGUACUCGGUGAUGCCUCCAGCAGUGAACCCCCUCAUCUACAGCAUGAGAAACCAAGAGCUCAAGGAUGCACUGAAGAAGCUGAUGCUUUCAGGUGUCUCUCAGCAACAAGAAGCUCCCCGCGUCUCUAUUCAUCAUAUUUCACCUGUCUCUUCAUCCUGGUAGGGUGGUCUAUAAAAGACUCCCACCAGGAUAUCUUCCUUGUUGGCCCUCCACAUGACUCUUACCUGUAAGCACUCAACCCUAGUGCCACCAUCCUCCAGCUCGUGGCAGUCAAAAUACUCUCUGACAUACAGAGCUACCCCACACCUCUCCCUCCUUGCCUAGUCCUUCUGAAGAGUUUGUAGCCAUUCAUUGCAGCACUCCAGUCAUGUGAGUUAUCCCACCAUGUUUCUGUGAUGGCCUUUAUGUCAUAGUCUUCCUGCUCCUCGACGGCUUCCAGCUCCUCCUGUUUGUUGCC